AUACUAGCCCACCAGACUCAGAGACGGAACCAGAGACAGGCCAGAGCAUCCCCCUCCUCCACCAUGAAACUCGCUGUCGCCCUCACCCUGGUCACACUGGCUCUCUGCUGCAGCUCCGCUUCCACAGAGAUCUGCCCGAGUUUUCAGCGUGUCAUCAAAACCCUCUUCAUGGACACACCCUCCAGUUAUGAGGCUGCCAUGGCACUUUUCAGCCCUGAUCAAGACUUGAGGGAGGCAGGGGCUCAGCUGAAGAAGCUGGUGGACACCCUCCCCCAAAAGUCCAGAGAAAGCAUCAUUAAGCUCAUGGAAAAAAUAUCCCAAAGCUCACUGUGUAAUUAGGAUUUAGAAGCUGAAGAUCCCCAACUGCUCCAGCCUCUGCCGCUGCCAUGCUUUGAGUCCACGCCCACCAGCCUUGCUCUCUUCAAUAAACCAUAAGCAUCUCA